CGGAUCCGGUCUUAUUCCCACGGAUGAACAGCUUUUCCUUUUCAAUUUUUGCUUCUUCCUAAAAAAAGAAAAGAAAUAUAGUAAUAAUAAUAGAAAAUAAAUUCGCUUCUUCUUCAAUAGACUGCUGUCUACACAAUCGCGUAAGCUCGGAUAUCAAUUUCACCUGUGUGUUCAAAUCUAUCCAAUGACGUCGCCUAAUCAUCUCGAUGAUGAGGAUGACUUUGGCGGCGAUUUCUCCGGAACACGGCGUCCAGGGUCUAAGAGAAGCUUUGGAGAGCUCGAUGAUGAAAAAGAGGAUAUUUUUGGCUCCAAGAAGGGUAACAUAAGAUCGGAAGAAACUGCUCCAGGUGCUGCAACAGGGACAAUAUUGUCCCUUCGCGAGAGUCUCAAGAACUGUGAAGAAACACUUGCAACUUGUCAGUCGGAACUUGAAGCUGCAAAGUCUGAAUUACAAAAGUGGCAUUCUUCCUUUCUGAGGGAACCUUUCAUAGCUUCUGGGUCCACCCCUGAACCUAGAUUUGUGGUCAACUAUGUGCAUAACCUAAGGUCAUCUGAAGAGUUAUUACAGGAACAGCUGGAGAAAGCCAAGAAAAAAGAAGCUGCUUUUAUAGUCAAUAUUGCAAAACGAGAUCAAGAGAUAUCAGAGUUGAAGUCUUCCCUUCGUGACCUCAGGGCUCAACUUAAACCACCAUCCAUGCAGGCAAGGAAGUUAUUGUUAGACCCAGCAAUUCAUGAAGAGUUCACACGAUUAAAGAAUUUGGUAGAUGAGAAGGAUAAAAAGGUCAAGGAGUUGCAAGACAAUAUUGCUGCGGUAAAUUUUACCCCGCAAAGCAAGAAUGGGAAGUUGUUAAUGGCUAAGUGCAGGACUCUACAAGAGGAAAAUGAGGAGAUCGGUAAUCAAGCUAAUGAAGGAAAGAUGCAUGACAUGGCAAUGAAACUAGCAUUGCAGAAGUCACAGAAUGCAGAACUUAGAAGUCAUUUGGAAGGGUUGUGCAAGCAAAUAGAGGGACUGACUAAUGAUGUUGAAAUAUCUAAUGAAAUGGUAUUUAUAUUGCAAGAGAAGCUGGAAGAAAAGGAUGCGGAUAUCAGAAGGUUGACAAAAGAGCUGGAGAAGGAGAAAGAACCACAUGACAUUGUCAAGAAGGAGGAAAAACGCUCCUCGGAUGAUAUUAUGAUUGCCGCCACCACCAUUGAAGAAGUGCCAAGUUAACUAUCGCCUUGUGUACUGAAGUUAACAAAAUUCCUUGGUGUGUUCUAUUUGUUACAAAGCUUCUUCAACGACUCAUACAUCUUUAUUCAAGAUAUUCGAACUGUUUUGGCCUUUUGUAUUAGAACUUUUAAAGCUUACAUUUUAUCAUGUGUUUGCUUCUCCAAUUGUUUUCAAAGUCCAUAUUUCCGUUUGGUAGACGGAAUUCAGGUCAUGGAAUUGGAACUGAAGACUUUAAUUCU